AGAACGCCGCAAUCAGUUCAAUAUUGCAUAGCAAGUGUUGUUUAUUACUCUGAAGUCUAUUUUUCCAAACUGACGGAAUAUUUGAGAUUAUUUGCCUUAUUGGCCGACGACAAACGCGAAAAAGCAUUUUCUAACAAACUGGGUACGUGUGACUGGCGAGUUCCCUGGCAGUCGUCUGAAGUUUGCAAGUUCAAGCAAAACAAGGUACCGAGUAAAUAUCUACACAGCAGUCAAACCGACAAUAAUUCUGCGAUCUCCCCGGAACUUUACGAAAAUGGAUAUCUUCUCAAGGACUGCCUUGAAGGCACAUAACAAUAAACGAUCCUUGCACAACGUAUCGCCUCUAGGCUGGUCCAAUGAACUCGCAAGAGGAGCUCAAACCUGGGCAAAUAAACUGGCCAAGGAAAGUAGUCUGGAACACGAUCAACUAAAGGGGAUUGGCGAAAAUGUGUUCAUGACCUCAAAGGGUUUCGAUGCAGCAGCAGAAGAGGCGGUAAAAACCUGGUAUUCAGAGGUCGAGCGAUAUGAUUUUAAAAGAGGCGGACAUCAAGCUGGAACAGGUCAUUUUACUCAAGUAAUAUGGAAGGAUUCGAAAGAGCUGGGCAUGGCAAGGGCUAAAAGUUCUGAUGGAAGUGUAUACGUGGUGGCAAGAUACCGUCCCGCUGGAAAUAUGUUAAAUUCCUUCAAUGAUAACGUCGUUCCAAAGGGGUUAACGGAAGAGGAGCAUCAAACGCAAGACAAGAUAUUUCCGCAAGAAAUCGUGACCGAUGUGCAAGAUUCCAUUACAACAAAGUUUUCAGAUUCCUUCAUUGAUACUGUGUUAAAAGCACACAAUGAACUACGACUCCACCACAACGUACCUUGUCUUAAAUGGUCAUCGGCGUUGUCAAAAGACGCGCAAGCUUGGGCCGAGAAGCUGUCACGAAACGACGAACUGCGUCACGCACGCAAGGAAGAGCGAAAUUUCAAGGGUGAGAAUAUUUGCCGCAUGUCUGACCACUAUGAUGUUGCUGAUGCUGUCAGAAUUUGGUAUUCGGAGGUCAAUAGUUACAAAUAUGACUCACCAGGGUUUAGCCAUGAUACUGGUCACUUCACCCAGAUCGUUUGGCGUGAAACGUCCGAGAUCGGAGUUGGAACCUGUAAGAGUCAAGAUGGAAGACUAACUUACAUUGUAGCUAGGUAUCAUCCGGCGGGGAACGUGUUAAAAAGGUUCAAUGAAAAUGUACUACCGUCAAGUAGUUCAAGUAUAUAAUUACUGAAUGUACAAGGAGUAUCCACCGACAGUUUAAAUCGAAUAAUGUCAAAAAGUCAGACUACCAGGAAUUACCGUGUGUGUUAAGAAAAUAAACGACGAUAUAUGAUAAAUGAAUGGUUCAAUCAUUGCGCAAUUCAUUUCAGUGGCUUUUCUGUGCUGUGAGAUUUGAUGUAAUGGAGCAAAGACAAGUCAACGUGGUUAGCAGCGACCGCGCGCCUUCGUAAGAAGGUUUUGUUCUUAAAUCUUCGCCUCGUACAAAUUUUGCUAAUUUUCGUACAGUUUUUUUUUUUUUUUAAUUGACUCACUACUGCAACCAGGUGGCUCUGCCGCUUCAUCGACCUCCCCGAAAAACCGCUAGGUAGGCAGGCUACCACCCAAGCUCACGAUGUCCUUGGGAAUCCUGUGCUUCCCGCGUUUUUCGCGCAAACUGAGAAACUGGGUACUAGUGGAAUCGAAUUGAACAUGGCGACGACCUCGAAGUGUACGUGGAAGGAGGUUGAACUCCGUUGUUGGGAUUCGUUGUCUCAGGGAAUUGAUAAUGUUUGUGCCUGUUAAGCAAAACAUAUGUCAUAUCUUAUAUUAAUGGCCUUUCUGGACACGAAUCGCAAAAAUGGCUGCCUAGCUUCGCGCUGGGAACAAAUCCCUCUCGCACUGUUUCCAAUUUAGCCAGGCGACAGCGUCACAAUAUAUGAUACAAAGAUGCUAUUAGAGGUCAAUUCCAAGAAAUCAAAGAAUCAUUGCUUGUCAUGAUUCAGAAUUUAUUCACCAUCAUCAAGAUGUGACUGGAUUGGAUUGGCAAUCUAUUACAUAAAUCACCAGCCAUGUUUGCCGCAUCAAAAAGUUUCCACAAUGUCUGAUAAAAAUGGUGCUGAAGAUGAAUAAACAGGCAAGAUUCUGCUUCGUUAUCUUCUCAGUAUACUCUUCUAUGCCAUUAUGUACUGAGCUUCUUACAUGUAUAUCCAUAUAACUGAUAGCUUGAUCUUUUCUCUUCUUUAUACUUUAGCCAGCAUGAAACUGCUCAAAAGUUUAGAAUGAAAUAAUACUCAAAAAGAAAAAAAAUUGAUCAAUGAUGAUAUAGGAAGAAAGAGUACAGGUUAACUGAAUGAUUAAAUGACAAAUUGUCCAAUUGUACUGCAAAAUAAGUUUUGAAAGAAUUGUUAAUUCACUUUUUUUUUACUGCUUUCAGGGGAGAAAAAUACAUAGCCAACUUCAUAGGCAAAAAUCAGUACUUGGCACUUCAAAUUAAUGCAAUAAAAUUUUUGGCCUGUGGAAAUUUAUUUUAGUGUUAUCCAAAACUAACCUGCAUGCAAUACCUUUAGGUCACAACUACAGGAUAAGGCCAAACUCUCCCCAAAGUGUUUUUAAUGCUUCAAGUCAUACUGUGCAAAAACUGCUAGUUUUUAUUAAGUUUAUUUUGAUGAAGUUAUACCACUUUGUUAAACUGUUGUCCCCUCAUUAAAACACUUGAAUCAGUGGGUGGCAAUUCGCUUAAUCCCUCUGGUACAUAGGCAAUUGGAACAGGGUUAUCCAAUUAUCUGUUUAAAGUGAUUCCUCAGUUUUGCAUCGUGCAUUCUGUAGUAGGCAUAAAAAAAUCACAUAAUCAGGGAAAUGAGUGUGCACACAUUCUGAGAACAGGGUAUUGUUUUCAAUUCAGGGACCAGGUAAAGAGGUGCAAUGGUCUUUAGCUCUUGAACUAGCUUCGUGACCUACACUGGAAAGCUAAAAAAUAAUUAUUCUUUGAAGGGAAAAAAGAUAAGGCUAAGAGCAUGUAUGAAACGUGUUACUUGAGGAUUGUCAGUUAUGACCUUGAAAGAAACAACUUGAGGAAUGUUUUGAGUUGAUGCCAUUUAAUAAUUAGUAACAAUGUCAUUUGCUUGGUUUGAUGACUUAUCGGCUUUUGGUUGCAUCAAGAAAAUUUUGGAAGUUAAAUUUGGUCUUCAUCUGUUUAAUCAGAAAGCCUUGUUCACUUCUAAAAAAUUAACCUUAUUUCUGUUUUUUCUUUUUCCUGUGUUACAUGAAAUGCCAGUGGAAAAUGUAUUUUGUAAUGUUUCAGAAUGAUUAACAAGUGUGUUUUAUGUGUAUGUAUAUAAGGAAUUUAUGCAUGAAUGCUCUGGUAAUGAUUAAGCUGUAGGAAGUCUUGUGGAAUGCAUUUUGCUAAUUUAAGAUAUUGCAAGUUAUUCAGCACCAUUCAAAGGCAUCUCUUACAACCACUUUUUUUCUUUCUGCAUAUGAACUUUGAUGUGAACUGUAGGAGUAUUUAUCUUCUCAGUGUUUUAUUGUAACCAUUAAAUGCUCACCAACUUCAAUAAAUGAGAUGCUUGCAUCUGGAACUGUU